CGUUACGUUGGUAUUGUAUUAAAUUUAAGAUACUCGAGUAUACCUUCGCAACGUAUGUCAACGACACAUCUCACCGAUAUCUUUCGGACGGUCUGCCUGUCGUUGAUCUGUGGCACGGUCGACGUGGUUGAUUGUAAACAAUGGCUGCAACGCAACUAAGCAGGGCUCGAACCAUCAAGAAAGUCGAAAAACCUCGACCACUUAAACUCAAUCAACGCCACUCGACCGUCGAUGGGCGGAUUACGACUGUGGAGGACAUAGUAUCCUUAAUCGACAACGUUGCAAUGCAACUAACCAAUGGCUUCCAUGAGCGAACGCUGCAAAUGAAUGUGGUUACAAUGUAUAAUCAUCUAAAACUUUAUGCCCAUCAAUUAGAAGCUAUUUAUAAAGAUCAGCUGGACAGAGCUUUUGUGGCAAUCAGAAAUGGAAGUCAGGACGAAAAAUUAGAUCUGACGACUAGGGUUCACCUGCUGGAGCUUAUAGAGUUGAGAGCUAAGCAAUGGCGUCACAAUGAUUCUAUGGAUGUGUAUUACACACAGAAAUUAUCACAUUUGGAUAAUGCAGAAGUGAUUCCCGAUACACCCACGAAUGCAUUGUCAUCUCCUUUGGCAGCAAUGACUUCACCCACUGUGCCAUCAAUUUUGGGACCAGGUGAAGUGAUAAAAAACAGCGGCAAAUUUGUUAAGCCCACACGUAUUCCUGGAAAAAACUACUGCAAAGAUGAAGUUGUUAUACGUAACAGUGAUUCUGGCAAAGUGAUGGGAAUAAAAGGGCGGCGGGUUCACAUGAUCGAAGAGCUCAGCCAGACAAUCAUCUCCUUCCAGCGAGUAAACCCUGGAGCCAAAGAACGACUUGUCCAGAUCACGGGUACUUCCGAGGACAAGAUACAUUAUGCGAAGGACUUGAUAAAAGAUACGAUUCAACGAAAUGCAUCGCCGGUGAGAUUGGAGCAAGGUGGAGGAGAAAAAGGAGCUAUGGGUGGUUCUAGUUCCUCGUUAAAUAGCAGUGCGUCGGAUGAAAGUAAUCGGUUGCAACAUCAGCAACAAAAUUCUCGUCUACGUUCGCUCCUCCACAGCUUCUCCACCAACGACGCCAGUAUAGGCGAAUAUAAAUAUACGGUUACAGUUGGUAAUCAAUCUCUGAAGAUCACAGGAUGCAAUCUGGAUCUUGUCAGGACUGCCAAGUUAGUCCUAGAUGAAUACUUCGUGGGAGAUUCUGAGAAUUUCACAAGUGGUAUAGAAUACUUCAAUUUUGAAGAAGAAUCUCCUUAUUCGGUCUCGUCUUCCAACAUACCAAAAACACCGUUAACUCCAAGUAGUACCAAUGAAAUAGGCCGAGAACUAAGUAUGGAUAGCACUGCAACUUCAGAAAGUGAAGAGACUUACAAACCCCGUAUAAUUUCUGAAGUAAAUCCUUCAACUCAGGAAGUUCCAGAAGUCAGAGAACUCACGUACGAGUUUUUGUUGUUGUGUUCAACAGGCCCUUAUGCCAAGCGGCCGCCUGCGGAUUGGGCUCGAAUUCAAAAGGAGUGUCCCAACAUUAUUCGCAAGCAUGCUGCUUGUAACAACAUACCGAGGCACCGAUUCGCUGGUUCGAACCGGAGGCAUAUAAAGCUAAGGUAGCAGCUGCUGGUCUUAUUACAGUAUUGCCUGUCGGAGAAGGGGAAACUGAUCCGGAAUGAAAUCGAGAAAUUAUUCUUUUCAAACGUCGUGAAAUCGUAUGUAUUAGUAGUAAUCUUUACAUCGAUCUUUUAUCUCGAUGUAUUGUGAUACAUUUUCCAAAAAACCUCAGUAUAAGAUUUGUUCUUAAAUGGACAAGUAUACACACGCAUCGAUAUAUAUAUACACAAUAUUUCAUGAAUCUAGCAAUAUGUAUUGCUCAAUUCAAUUAUAGCAAUACGAAGUCUCUAAUAUAAAUAUCGAGAUAAGCGAUAAUAUUUAUAAAUUUGUGCGUGUUCAAAUCGAAAUCUUCUUUGAAUAAUUGUAAUAUUUUUUGAAGCAUUUAUGCUUUUCUAUCGCACUUCUACGCAGCUAUUGAAGAGGUUUCGUUGUACGCUGCUACCUAAUUUUUAUUUAAUUGAAUGCGUGAGCUACGGCGAAUAUUUUUUACCGUAUACACGGUAUCCGGCAUACCAAAUGUACGUACCAUUUUACGUAUCAUAGCAAAUUAAUUAUUGACUUUUAUUAUUAUCGAGAAUAUUCGACAGUUCAUUUAAACACUUGUGAAAGACAGUAAACAGUUUUUACGAUGUUAUCAUGAUAGAUUAAAUCACGGUAUACGAUGAAGUUCAAUUUGUGAAAAUUAUGUAUAAAGUAUGUUCAGCAUUUUUAUCGAUAAUUUUCAAUGUAAACUAAAUGGCUUAGGUAUAGAAUUUGAAUGAGUAAGAAAAUAACUAAAUAAACAAAUUAAUGGCAUUGGUUCUACAGUAAAAGUAAAACUGAUCGUUUUAGAAUCUAAUUUGGAUAAGUAUUGGAGAAAUGCAUCUUUACGUGCGUAAUAGACGUAACAAAGUAAUGGAACGAACAGUGAUUUAGCAUAGUCUAGUCUACCUAUUUAAAGUAGGCACUACCAUUUUGGUAAUUUCUCUGCUGUGAAAUAAUAACCAAAAAAAAAAAAGGUUUCAUUUAAUCUCGAGGUUUUAUAUUUUAUACACUUAAACGGAGGUGUUAUGUGCAGUAUGCAAUAUUAAUUGUAUGAAAAAAUGAAAACAGAAAUGUCUCUUACUUUUAGUUGCUUUUUUUUUAUACAAUUGAUGUGGAGCAUUAAUUUUUAAUGUUGCACAUAUAUUUAAAAAAAAAAAACUUGUUUUAGUAAUAUGAUUGAUACAUGGUUGUAUUGUUGUCAGUUUUCUAUUAGAGACAAAAAUUUUAUUUAAAGAAAGUAUUUUUCUAUUCUACUACUAUUUCUUUGUUUUUAAAUAAGCUUACAAUAUUUAUUGAAAACGUUUCGCUAGCCAGAACAUAAUAACUUGCACAUGUAGUUUUACAUUUUUGUAAGUAUGUUCUACUAUAAUUAUUUUUGUCAUGUUAUUUAAAUUUUUUAUUUUUAUUUAUUGUUUGAACUUUACAAGGUUGUGUUUGCAUGUUUUUCAUUGUUUUCUGGCUUGAAACUUUUUGUCGAAAGAAAAAAUGUUUUGUUUAUUUAAUUUGGGACUAAAUCGCAAAAACUGCACGCAUAUGGGACGUUAUGUUUGUAAGUUUUUACAUCGUUUAAUAUUUAUUACAAAAUUUACACGAUUAUUUGAAUUAAAUUAUUAGUAAUUUAUUUCUAUUAUCACUAACUGCAGUAAUAUAUUAUAUUAUUGUACUUUGCUCUUUAGUAAUAAAUCAAUAAAAAUAAGAACGUCGUUCGAUUAUGAUUUUUUUACCUUAAAGUACAACGACUUCAAGUUUAUUAUGAAUUCCAUAUAUACGAUAUAUGAAAAAUAUGUAUAGUCUAAAUUUGCCUUAUCGCUAAUAAGUAAACGUUUAACAUGGAUAUGUAAAUGAAUGAACUGAUCUUUCGGCGCUACAAGUUUUAUUAUUCCAGUAUCGUAUAGAAAUGAUAAUGACCGAAAUAUACAUUCACAUUCAAUUUGUGCAGACUCCAUUGUACUAGAUAUCGAUUAUGCCUUUUUGCUUUUUCACUUUUUGUAAAAGUUAAAAAUGUUAUAUCCUCUGAUAUUAUGUGCAUAAAACAUUUGAUAUCAAAGGUCUACUCAUUGAUUGCAUUUUGUUAUAAUCUGUCAUAUUAAUUAAUCGUUAAUCGCUAUAUUGCAAAUGAUCUCAAUACGUAAGUUAAGAAUAAUACGAUAUACAUACAUUCCAUAUAUGUACCAUAAAUUCAGUCUACUUUUUAUCAUCAUAUAAAUUAAUUCAGUCUAAAGUACAGUACCAGUUUCGUCUGUAAAAAUGUUUGUUAUCGUCAAUAAUCGUAAAAUAAAAGUACAAUUAAAAGUAUAUCGUUAGUACGUUAAUAAGAGUUCAAUAUUACCUAUAGUAGUAAAUAGUAAGGCAUAGUUUGAUAUAAAUAAAACACUUCAUCCACUAUGAAUUAUCGAUGGAACUUUUAAGGCGGUUACGAAACUUAUCAUCUAAUUUGAGAAACUGGUUCUGUAGCAUAUCGGACUAUUAAAUUAUACGAUCAAUCGUACAAUGAUUGGCAGUUUCGAGAGAAUAGUGGUCUUCGAUAAUAUUUGUCCAUUUCUCAAAAUGCAUCAACACGUACCAUAUACUUUUAAAUAAAAUGGACUAACAUGCGAUUAAUCCGGUAAAACAAAAAUUAUAAAGUACCACCAUUCCAAUUAUACAAUUGUAUAAUUUUAUCAUUGCUAUUUUCUUAAAUAUAUAUAAUUGCAUAUCUAUAUAUAGUUACGGAUGUAAAUGAUCAUGUAUAUGUAUAUAUGCAUACAACAUAGAGUCGUAGGAAUAUUUUGUCAGUGACGAGUAAUCAACGACAUCAAAUUUAUUAACACGAACGAAUAUAUAAUAAUUAUUAGAAAUGUAAGUAUUUUUAUUCCGAUGUCGGCGUUUUAUCCAGAAUUGGCAGCUAUCUAAACUACUCUCACGAAAAAAUUCCUCGUCCCUGUCUCAUAUUCCGAGAUAAAUAGACAGUAGCACAAUUUAUUCUACAUAUGAUUUACUUAUGCUCGUAAGGAAUUAAAAUAAAAUGUACCAUACUCUCAAAAAAUUAAUAUGUAACUUGAGUCCCACUACUCGCAUAGACGAAAGACAUUCUUUAUUACAGAAUAUCUUUUAUAUAUAUAAAGAAAAAAAAAACAGACAAA